UUCUAGUGAAUCAUCAGUCAGUAGAGAGGCCAAGAAUAGAUUGUCUGAGAGGUGGAAAAUAACACACAAGCCUCAAGAGGUACACGUGGUUAGCAGGGGCAGCACACUGGGUGAAAUGCUUGCCAAUUCAGAUAGGGAAGCGAUUCCUGGAAAUUCUAGUGGCUCGGUUGGUAUGGAAGGAUGCAGUGAGGUUGGUCGUUGUGGUGGGCCUGCAGUUUGGAAUGAACCUUUAGGCAUUAGCAGUAGGGAUGGUUGGAAGGAUGGUUGUCUUGGUAAUCUUUCGAGAUCACGUUCUCUACCUGCUUCAUAUACUGACUUCGGAAGUCCCAGAAAAAGCGCACGUCAUGAAAGUCUUCUCAGAAACAAGUAUGUAAUUCCAAAAGAGGGUUUCAAGUUGGACCAAAACAAAGCAGUAAAAGGCAAUUUUAAUCAAAAGGAAGCUCCAUUACCUAGCAACCAAAGAUCCCGUGUUAAAAAAUCUCAAUUUCUGGAUAGUAGUUGCAGCAAUAAGGAUUAUAGUGGCACUUCACAAGAUUCUGAGAACACCCCUUAUCAAGUAAAGCAAAAUAAGCUAUCCGAACACAUUCUUAUGGUCUCGAGGGCUUCUGCUGGUACUGCCGUGGAUUCAAGUUCAGUCGAAAAUGCAGAGGGUGUCAAUGAUCUGAAUAUGCCUGUGCUCUCUGAACCUUCUAACAUUGAAUUGUCGGCUCCUGCUUCAUUGAAUGCUGUUGUUGCUUCUACCAGUGACCUAGAUAAUUUGAACUCCCAGGAACCAUCUGAGGGACCUAAGCAAAUGACACCCGAUUGCCCUGUACCGGAACUAGAAUCUCAAGUAUGCUCUAAGGAGGCAGAGCAACCUAGUCCAGUCUCAGUUAUAGAAGCCCCUUUUGCAGAUGAUGCAUCAUCUGGUUCUGAAUGCUUCGAGAGUAUUAGUGCUGAUCUUCAUGAGCUUCGGAUGCAACUUCGACAAUUACAACUAGAAUCUGAGGUAUAUGAAGAUGGAGCUAUGCUUCUUUCUAGUGAUGAUGAUGGCAAUGAAGUAUCUGUUGGGCUUGCUGAGGAAAACGGGAGACCAAAGCCAGAAGAAAAUUGGGAAUCUGUGUACAUAGUUGAUGUGCUGGUCGAUUCUGGAAUUAGACGAGCCGAACCGGAUACCUUCUUAGCAGCAUGGCAUUCUACAGAAUGUCCAGUGAAUCCGCUAGUAUUUGAAGAACUCGAGAAAAAAUAUUGUAACGUAAAUUCUCGGUCAAGGGCUGACAGGAGGUUGAUGUUUGAUAGGAUUAAUUCAAAGAUACUGGAGAUCUAUCAGCAAUACAGAGACCAACCCCAGAUGAUAUCUGGAAGGAAACUUAUUAUUCCGGAAUGCAACAUCGGAGAGCUUGAAGAUAGCCUGUGCAAGUCACUAGUAAGCCAAAGCAAGAAACCUCACAUGGAUGAAGGAGAGACGGUGUUUGCAGGAGAAUUUCAAUGGUUAGACUUGAGAACGGAUGUCGACGAAAUAGGUCGGGGAAUCGAGAGAUUGUUGGUAGAUGAACUAGUAUCUGAGGUAGUGACAGGUUUGUAAAAGCUGCUUUUGGUUUAGGAAAUUUAUAUACAAAAAUCUGCAUUCAAUAGUUUCUUCACCAGCA